AUGAGGUGUGCUCUACUAUUUUUUCUUCUUAAGUACGUCUUUUCAUCGGUGGAAACUGCUUCUUCCGAUCCUAAGAAGGGGGUAAUGGAAAGCCCUAAUCAAGAGAUAUCAUACCGUCCAGGGGGAAGCAACGAGAAGGUUGGGGUGAAGGGAACUCAAGUAGAAUCAGAUGGACUGUCUCUUCGAAGACACACCGAUGAGGGAGGAUUGGUUGUAUUUUUGGCUCCAAAUCCUUACGAAGAAUGGAGUUUCUCAUACACUUUUACCAAUGCAAAGCUUAGAUUCCCACAUAUAGGUGGUGUGUAUCUAUGGUAUACCUCCGAAAUCCAGGACCAGGGAAGUUACAGAGGAGGCCAUGACCUGUUUGAGGGAAUCAUGGCAGGUCUUGAGUUUAGAGGAUCCCAGCCCGAGAUAGUCAUGGCAAUAAACGAUGGGAAGACCAGUCUUGUGGGUUCAGAAGAAAUGACUUUGUAUAGAGAUACAGUAAACCCGGAAAGACUUAAGGGAGUAAAAGACAUCACGGUUAAGGUGAUCUCCACACAUAAGAAUUUUAAAGUCGAACUAUAUGACGGAGACAGACUGCUAUACGAUAGCUUCAGGUAUUACCGUAAAGGAACACUAGCAGGAAUUGGAUCUGGAAAGUACUUUAACAUUACGUCGUUCUACGACAAAGCACCUUCUGAUAGCGUUUAUAAGCUCAAAGAGGCACAGCUAUUUGAAAGGACAGAGACAAGUGACUACGAAGUUCAUAGUAUUCAUGCACCGUCGGUGGACAAAACCCCAAGAUCUCCAGACGGAAUCAUGCAUGAAGAUGAAGAAGUAAGACAUCUUAUCUCAAAGAUCGAGUAUCUGAAUGAGUAUCUCCACCUGGUAGUCGGAGAGCCUCAUAACUCAUCGUUUGAUAAGGUUGUUCACAUUCUUUCUGAACAACUCAAAGCAUUUACAAAGAAGUUUGAAGAUACCAUCACGCCAAUAAGAAGUGUAGGAGGUUCGGAGACAAAGCUUAUGAAUCUGAAUGAAAAAAUGAAUGGGAUUGACAUAAAACUUCAGAAGAUUCAAAAAGCAUUUGCAGACUUGGAUCAUGUGGUAGGUUCUCUCAAAAAUGACUACAGCCGAAGCUCGAACUUUCUUGUUUACAUAAUCCUAGGAGUUGGGGCUGUAGGACUAGGACUUAUGGCAAUGAAAGAGUAUAAUGCAUUGAAGUUUAGGCAAAAGGCCCUCUGA